AUGGAGUGCGUUCCCUGGACAGAGCGGCUCGCAAAAGCUCAGGACAGCUACAAGGUCAGCCACUGGAAGCAGUACCCUCCUGGAACACAGUAUGUUUAUAGUUAUUUCGAAAGUCGCGGUUGUGAGAAUGAGGAAUGGAAGGAGGUCGUCUUUUUCGGCCUUCAGUAUUUCAUCAAGCGGUACUUGCUUGGCCAGGUCGUGACCAAGGAGAAGAUCGACGAGGCUGCAGAGCUCUACGAACAGCACUUUGGAGAUGACAAAUCUCUGUUCUACCGUGAGGGAUGGGAGUACAUCUUGAAGGAGCAUGGUGGAAGGCUGCCUGUUCACAUCAAGGCCGUUCCUGAAGGCAUGGUUAUCCCCACCAAGACUGCUUUGUUCACCCUUGUGAACACUGAUCCCAAAUGCUUCUGGCUUACGAACUUCCUCGAGACGUUGCUGGUGCAGGUUUGGUACCCAAUGACCGUCUGCACACAGAGCCGAUUUCAGAAGAUCUCAAUUGCCAAAUACUUGGAGGAGACGGGAAACACAGACUGGACGAUCCCUGGUGGCGUGUGCUUCAAGCUGCAUGACUUCGGCUUCCGCGGAGUUUCCUCCGUUGAGUCUGCGGCAAUUGGAGGAUGUGCGCACUUGGUGAACUUCCUUGGCACUGACACCGUUGCGGCCAUGAUCUGUGCCAGAGACUACUAUGGAGCGAAAAAGGCAGCCGGUGGGUCCAUUCCAGCUUCGGAACACUCCACAAUUACGUCGUGGGGCGUCGACGGUGAGGUCGAUGCCAUGAGGAACAUGCUGGAGCAAUAUCCGGAAGGGCUGGUGGCUUGCGUCUCGGACUCCUUCGACAUCUGGCGUGCCUGCAAAGACUACUGGGGUGACAAGCUCAAGGAUCUCAUCAAGGGUCGCAUCACAGACACCAAGUUUGGUCGUCUGGUCGUGCGUCCUGACAGUGGUGAUCCAGCGGAGACUUGCACAGCCAUCCUGAAGAUUCUUCUCGAGCAGUUCAAGGAAGAUGUGACGCUGACUCCGACAGGACACAAGCUGCUGCCUGCGUACAUCCGCGUCAUCCAGGGUGACGGCGUCGACUGGCAGUCCAUUCCCAAGAUCCUUGAGAAGCUCAAGAAGGAAGGGAUUGCUGCUGACAAUAUUGGCUUUGGAAGUGGCGGAGCUCUGCUGCAGAAGCUGAACCGAGACACCUUCAAGUGCGCUUUCAAGUGCGCAGAGAUCACCAUCAAUGGUGAAAGCCGUGAUGUGUUCAAGGACCCGAUCACCGACAAGGGUAAGGCCUCGAAGAAAGGUCGUUUAACCUUGCAGCUGGCUUCUGAGACCACGGGCUUCUCGGACGCUGACAAGUACCAGCCUCGCUCGGACAAGAACCCAGUCCCUGGCGGAACUGGCUUCUUGCAUUACAGUUCGGACAACAAGUACGUCACCGUCGCUAGCGGCAAGGGCGAUGCGUCGAAGGACAUCAUGGUUGAUGUCUUCAAGGAUGGCCAGCUGCUUGUGGACUACACCUUGGAGGAGAUUCGCGCCAAGGCUGACAUCAAGAAUGGCCCUUUCGGCGGAGGUCCAGCAUAG